AUGUCAGAGAUUUCGGAAACAGAGAAACGGCGUCUGCUGCGCGAGAGAAGACAACAAAAGUUUGGGAAGGGAGGAGCAACUUCCAGAUUGGCGAAAAUCACUGGUCAAACUGAGAACAGUUUCUUGUCAACAGAAUCGCCCAUAGACUCGAAAAGUUCCACGCCUGAGCCAUCGGGCAGAAAUAGCAACGAAGACUCUACAAAGCAAAUGGAUGAGCUCUUGGCGCAGAUCCAUCAGCAACAGCCAAAAAAGACUGAUCAGGGAGGAGCUGCCAAAAAUCCUGAACUGGACCUGUUUGCUCAAUUGGCUAAAAUGCAACAAGGAGAUGCAUCGGCUCCUACAGCUACUUCAGAAACACCAGACAUUUUUGCCCAACUACUAAAAUCUGUUCAAAUGGAUCAACAACCCCAGCAAGGUAUUGAAUCUGUCUUUGGAAACCAGCCGAUUGAUGCUGCUGUCUUGGAAGCUCACAAUGUUGCUGUCAACAAGCUUAAGGCCUAUACAAUCGUGGUCAAAUGGUUCUUUUUCAUCUUGCCUUACGUCUACUACAUCUCUCACACUGGUCGCGAAGCAUUCCAAUUAACUACAGUUGACUUCGUCAUGAACAGGUCUAAUUUUUUUACCAUUUUCACUUCUUUUGAAGUAGUCACCCUGUCAGUUUACUAUCAACUUCUAAUGUCUGCUGAAAAAUCCCACAAUAUCAACACUUUGAAUAGCAACAGCAAGAUAUUGAAACUGGUUUCGAUGGUUCCUCCAGGCCUAGUGCCUAUACCUAAUCUCAGGGGCAAAAUCUCACAGGCAUUACAAUACUGGGAUGUCCUGUCCAUGUAUCUGACAGAUAUGGCGUUUGCCAUUUUGCUCACUGGUAUUUUCCAAUAUUACCACGCCAUGUAA